UCCUGAUCACGUGUCGGAAGUCAGCGCUCUGGGUGCGGCGAAUGACUGGAGAGGCUGGUUCGGUCCCCUCUUUCUAAAAUGGCUUCGCUGCUGCAAUCUGAGCGGGUCUCCUACUUAGUCCGUGGUGAGAAGGAAAUCCGAGCGCCGCUAUCGCAGCUCUAUUUCUGCCGCUACUGCAGCGAGCUCCGCUCCCUCGAGUGCGUCUCUCAUGAGGUGGAUUCUCACUAUUGUCCCAGUUGCCUGGAAAAUAUGCCAUCAGCUGAAGCCAAGCUGAAGAAAAACAGGUGUGCUAACUGUUUUGACUGCCCAUGCUGCAUGCACACUCUUUCUACCCGGGCCACAAGCAUUCCUGCUCCACUGCCUGAUGAUCCUGCUAAGACUACAAUGAAGAAAGCUUAUUAUCUGGCCUGUGGCUUUUGCCGCUGGACAUCCAGAGAUGUUGGCAUGGCAGAUAAAUCAGUUGCCAGUGGAGGUUGGCAGGAGCCAGAAAAUCCUCAUACUCAAAAGAUCAAUAAAUUGGUUGAGUAUUAUCAACAGCUAGCUCAGAAGGAGAAGAUGGAAAGAGAUCGUAAAAAGCUGGUUCGGCGCCGGCCCUACAUGCCACUGGCUUUUUCGCAACACACUAUACAUGUAGUGGACAAAUAUGGCCUUGGCACCAGACUACAGCGUCAGAGGCCUGGAGCACCAAUCAGUGCUCUUGCUGGACUCUCGCUGAAAGAAGGAGAAGACCAGAAGGAGAUAAAAAUUGAACCAGCCCAGGCUGUGGAGGAAGUGGAACCUCUGCCUGAGGAUUAUUAUACAAGACCAAUAAAUCUAACAGAAGUGACGACUCUUCGGCAGCGCCUCCUGCAGCCAGACUUCCAACCCAUUUGUGCUUCUCAGCUUUACCCACGUCAUAAGCAUCUGCUGAUCAAACGUUCAUUACGGUGCAGAAAAUGUGAACACAAUUUGAGUAAGCCAGAAUUCAAUCCUACAUCCAUCAAAUUCAAAAUCCAGCUAGUAGCUGUCAACUACAUCCCUGAAGUGAGAAUUAUGUCUAUUCCCAAUCUGCGCUACAUGAAGGAAAGUCAAGUACUUCUAACUCUAACCAACCCUGUGGAAAACCUUACCCAUGUGACGCUGAAAGAGUGUGAGGAAGGAGAUCCAGAUGACAUCAAUAGUACUGCUAAGGUGAUGGUUCCUUCGAAGGAGCUAAUUCUGGCUGGCAAAGAUGCAGCAGCAGAAUAUGAUGAGUUGGCAGAACCUCAGGAUUUUCAGGAUGACCCCGACAUCGUGGCAUUUCGGAAGGCUAAUAAAGUUGGAGUAUUCAUCAAGGUUACUCCACAGAAAGAAGAAGGAGAAGUUACUGUAAGUUUUAAGAUGAAACAUGAAUUUAAAAAUCUUGCUGCUCCAAUUCGGCCCACGGAAGAAAGUGAUCAGAUCUGUGAGGUCAUCUGGCUCACUCAUCACGUGGAGCUCAGCCUGGGCCCUGUUCUUCCGUGAAGCCUGCCAGUAAUCGGAUCAUGAAAGAUGGCCAGGUGCUGCAUCAUAUCACUGUUGAAGAAGAAUGUGUCCCAAACAGACAUUGAAGGCACUGGUUCAUGGAACUUCCCUUGGCUGAGAACACACACCACAAAUAUCAACCAAAAGUUGUAGAGGUAGAAUCAAAGAGGAAGAGCCAUGACUUUGAAUGACGCGUUCCUUUGCCUCCCCCUUUGAGAUGGUUUUCAGACUGUACCACCUGCUCUGUCAACUUUACAACACAAAACUCUGUAUACGCACUUGUGGCCAUCUAUGUACUUGCAGUAUGCUUUGAUCAAAUCAAAUGAGAUUUCUUAGCAAAAGCCUGCUUUGUGUCAAUUUCAUAAAGCUAGAGUUAGAGAAUGCCAAAAUCUCUUUCUAGUAGGUCCACAUGACCUGACAGAUUUAUUCCAAGGUUGCAAUAGCACCUUCUAGCAGCAGGGGAUGCUCUUGCUUACCAUCCUCAAUCACAACUAGCACUGCCUAGGUACCAAGUAGAGACAUUCUGUGCAACGUUCUGUUGUCCUGUACAGUUUAUUAAGGAAAGGCAACUGUGAAAAGGUUCUUCGUGCCUCCUCAGUAUUAUGCAGUUUGGGGGUUUAUUGUUUCUACCACUCUUAAGAUUGGAGAUGCAGGUUUAAAAUGAAACCGGUUAUUAUAGAGUAGCCAGUAAGUGAAAAUGCUGCUGUAGAUGUCUUAUUGAAGCUGCACAGAGAUUGGAACAAGAGGCACUUGUUGGUGUUCACGAAAUUAUCUGCCCACAGUAUAUCAACCAAAGAUAUUUGACAGUUUUGAUAGGAAGAUAAUUUUUGGUAUGUGUGUUUAACACCUUUUAAGAAAGCAUUUCCCCACUGGAUGCACUUAAGAGCAUACCAUUAUAAGCAUGGCUUUCUGAGUAGCAAAUUAAGUGAAUAAAUAGUUAUAAUCUACAAAAUGCCUAAGGCUUGGCUCUCUAGUUUGAUUGGUAACCCUAAAUUCAAUAUUGCCGUGCUCCACGCAGAAAAAAAUUCAACACGUGCAUGUCAGUUAACUUUUAUUUGCUAAAAGUGUUGGAAAGAAAUGCAUUGGAACACAGUGGCUUAGGAUUAUUUGUUUUGGGUUUUAGCCAAAUGGUUCUAAAAAUAAGCAGCAGAUACAAGUAUUACAAGUUGAGUGUUUGAUGUGUAGCCUGCAGCAAAUGGGAGAAGGAAGAUCUCAUGACCAUAAAGAUGUUGACUACAGGAAUAAAUUGCAGUGCGACUGCAUGCAUUCCUGUAGACAAAUGCAAGAAGGGGUAUGUUUAUUUCAUGUUUACAUGAACUAGUCCUUUAAGUACAAAAUUAGACACGGACUAAUUGGAAAUGGUUGGAAAAGUGCUUUUUGUAGAUUCCAGAUUGUUCAGGGGUGUAUUUAAAAUUAUCUGCAUUUGUCUGGCAGCAUUUGGGUGAAGGUUAUGCCUUAUUUUCUUGUUUGUGCAAUGGAUGGUUCAAAAAAGUAAUGUUUACAGGGCUUGUGUUAAAUAUAUAAUGUAAAGCAUGGGAUUUAGAAGUCUAGCUAGUGUUUACUCUUAAAUGUGUAGUGUUAGUGUCUGUUGCCCUCAAUUUUAGAAACUAAAUCCAAAUAAUCCCUGGUUUAACCACUUCCAAGCCAAUUCUUGGCUAAGUAAUAGUUUGCAAGUUGAAGGUAACACCUUGCUGUGCUAAAGAAAUUAAUAGUUAGCCCAGCUCAUAACAUGCAUAGGAUAAUUGGACAUAUUUUGAGACUUUAAGGGCUGGCUCAAACUGAAACAUAUAUUGGAUUCUAACAACUUAGUCAAGUGAUUUGUUUCUUUUUAGUGUUUAAUCUUACGAAGCAUAGUAAUAACUGCUGAAAUGUAUUCCACACAAUUCUGCAGAAACAUCUCACUGGUUCCUCUUGAGAGGAUACUGGAAGCAUUCUGCCUUACUGUUCAAUGUAGUAAACUUUGAAAUAAAGAAGCAGACAAUGCUGUUA